AUGGUUUGGGCGCCCGGUGUGCCUGGUCGGAUUCCGCUGUGGUUCGACCUGCCUGGGUGCCUCUGCGCAUUUGUUCCCACGCCCCUCAGAGUGAGAAUUCCACUCAUGGAGGACGAAGAGACGUACCUGGAGCUCUACCUGGACCAGUGCGCCGCCCAGGAUGACCUCGCCCCGCCUGGGUUGCCCCUGCUGAGCCCCCAUGCACCUUAUGAUGUCUACGUAUCUAAUUCAUCCAAUCCAGACGCUGUGUUUAAUUCACAUCUUGAAGAAGUCAAAGAAACAUCUGGUGGUUUCUCGUCUGUGGAUCUUAGCUUCCUACCAGAUGAACUUACCCAAGAAAAUAAAGACCAGACUGUCAUUAGAAGCAAGCAUGAAAUUGAAGAAAGUUGUAAAGCUCCAAGUCAGCAAAGUAGGCUGCCAUUACCUAGCAAACAGAAAGCUGGCCUGGGCUUAAACAGCAGCGGUUCAGCCAAUUCCCGCUCACUUCUGCCCCCUGGUGACGCUGACUCAGCCCAGCCCUCUCUGGAGAAACCACACUCCUUGCCUCUGGCGUCCAUAACUCCUAUGACACCGAUGACCCCUGUGUCAGAAUGUUCCGAAAUUGUGCCUCAACUACAGAAUAUAGUUUCUACUGCAAACCUGGCCUGUAAAUUGGAUUUGAAGAAAAUAGCUUUACAGGCCAAAAAUGCAGAAUAUAACCCAAAGAGGUUUGCUGCUGUCAUAAUGAGGAUCCGCGAGCCCAGGACAACGGCCCUGAUAUUCAGCUCGGGGAAAAUGGUCUGCACAGGAGCCAAAAGUGAAGAGCAGUCUCGACUUGCAGCGAGAAAAUAUGCCCGGGUGGUGCAGAAGCUUGGGUUCCCCGCCAGAUUCCUCGAUUUUAAAAUUCAGAACAUGGUUGGCAGCUGUGAUGUGAGAUUUCCCAUCAGGCUGGAAGGUUUGGUGCUAACCCAUCAGCAGUUCAGUAGUUAUGAACCUGAACUGUUCCCGGGCCUUAUUUAUAGAAUGGUGAAACCACGAAUUGUGCUGCUUAUCUUUGUGUCUGGAAAAGUUGUGUUGACAGGUGCCAAAGAACGUUCUGAGAUCUAUGAAGCAUUUGAAAACAUCUAUCCUAUUCUAAAGGGUUUUAAAAAAGCCUGAGUAUAUCAUUCAUCUCACAGUAUAUUAGUUUGAGUAUGUGCAUAAACUCAACACAGAAACAGCUGGAUUUUUCUACCUUUAAUUGUAGAUGUUCCAUGCAUAUUUUGACUUUAGUUAUUAAAGCAUGAUUCUAUGUGAGUAACCAUGCCUAUGAAGAAAAGUUCACAUUUAAAAUUACUUAUAUGUUAUUUUUAAAACUGAACAAGUAAACUUAUUUCAGAAUGUGAGAGAUUUAGGGCCUUGCUAGAAUGAUUUUGUAGCAUCAUUAAAAUUUAACAUUCUGCUCUUGUUAAAGAUGUA